AUGCUUGUUUGGACCAUGUGGAAGGCUGGCUUUCGCCAGGGACUUUGGCAUCUCUUUGAGUACUGGGCCGAGGGUUCGUUCCAACAAGUUGAGCCGUAUGGGCUCUUCCAAAUGGACAGCACCUGGUGCAAGGAGGCCGAGCGAGAGGCUUCUGUCCGGCGUAGUCUCUGCUCGUGGUUUCCGCUUCGCUGUCUGCAGAUGGAAGUAGCACUUCUUGGUGGGCCGGUACCUGUGCGGCGAGCACUGCAUCCGGCGUACCAGAAAGUCGCGAAGCUCGUGGACUUCUUGGAGGCGUCCGCGCUUGACAGUCCAGAGGGUGUCCUAGCUGCGUGUGAAGACUUUGCCAAGUACAAAGGGCAAUGGCUCAAGGUGGCAGGCGGAGACAAGGCUGACUUCUGGCAGUAUGAUAUCUGGCGUAUUGUGCGUAUGAUCCGAUCCAUCUCGGGGGACAACGAGGCAGAUCUCGUCGCGCUUGGGGAGAGCCAAGCAACGACGCCGACAAGAGCCUCAAAGCAAAGAGACUUGCUGUCCUCGCCGCUGGCCGAGGUGGAUCCAGGUCUUGUGCGAAUUGAGUCCCCUGGGUAUGACGAGCGCGAGCUGAAUGAGGUGCUGAGCUUCAAUGCCAGCAUCUACGAUCUCACAAUACAGUAUUCUUGCCUGGCCUGCACGAGUUGUGGUGGCGAAGGGCAGGAUUCUACCGUUUUUCUCAAUCUGGUUCUGUUCUUGGGGCUGCAGGUGGGGAAUGUUUUUCUGCAGAUGUUCCUGCUAUUUGAGAUUGAGUUCCUCAUAGCUUUCCCGGCCAUGGAGCACGCACGAGACCUCUAUGACCGCUUCACGGACCGCUGCUAUGGGGAGGACCUCAUGGCUUCAAGCGAGGAUGUGAGCACCCUGUUUCAAUCCUGGGAUGGCACUGCCAAAGCAGAGCUUUGCCAGUUUCCUCUGACGAACCCAACGUUUUUCUUCAUGGUGAUUCUGAUUUGGACCUUCUUCUUGGGACAUGAGCUGAAGCAGACCGUUUACUUCUUCUGGCACACCAUCCGGCUUCAGCGGCCAGCUGAAGGAUGGGUGUACAUUCUUGACCAUCAAGACCAAAGUCAAUUUGUGAUCACGCACAUGAAUGGAAUGCUCAAGUUCUGGAUAGCAUUCAUCGUAUUUCUGCCCAAGUUCAUCAUUGCGAUCGUCCUCUGGUACGUAGGUGCACGCUGGCUGACAGCCACGCCGGGGGUGGACAACUUAAUGUUGAACUCUUUGGCCCUGACGUUCAUCUGUGAGCUAGACGAGCUGAUCUUUCGCACUUGCACCUCCGAGAACAUCAAGGCUUGCCUGGAGCGGACGAAGCUUCCGAUGGCCCCACUGCCGGCGGGACCUUCGAAGGCCGGUGCCGUUGAGACUGCUGUCACUGUCGUGGGCUGCUUUGCCUUGGCUUUCCU